AUGAGAAACUUGGUGGUCUUGAACAGGGGCUACAUUAGUCCCGAAUCACAAACCUAUCCAGAUUUGCACAUAAUUGACAGUGUUUAUGAUGCAGUUUCUGAUGCCAUCACAUUUGUUCUAUCCUCUGAAGAAAGUCAAAUUGUUGAAGUUCAGCAAUAUCACAAGAAUGGAAGCGUGUCUGUACUUGCGAGCUUCCCAGUUAACUCACAGUUACUAAACACUGUUCAUUUUGUUGACUCAGCCCAAUUGGUGUUUGUUUUCAGCAAUGGUGACAUCAUCACUGCAAGCUAUGAUCCACAACAAACAAAUGAUUAUGACCACACCAUCAUUGAAAUUGUGGGGACAAUCGACGUUGGUUUGCAGGCAGCACAGUGGUCACAUGAUGAGGAGACAUUGGCCAUGGUAACAAACGAAAACAAGUUGCUUUUACUAUCAAGAGUCUUUGAGCCAAUCUCUGAAAAGUUGCUAGAUUCAAGUGAUAUCAAGAUUUCCGAUUCCAAACACGUAUCUGUUGGAUGGGGUAAAAAGGAAACUCAAUUCAAAGGAAGAGGUUUCAAAGCAUUGGAGAGAGAAAAGGAAGCUUUGAAACAUGCAGGAUUGGAUGAAAAGUCAACUCAAUUACGUGAUCCCACAGUGAAUGAAAUUGAACGUGGUACAAUCUCCGACUUUGACGACAAUACCGUGAGAAUUAGCUGGAGAGGUGACUCUGAGUAUUUUGCAAUCAACACAAAAGAACCUGUUCUAGUUGAAGAUACCGGUGAAACAUACGAUAGAAGAGUCGUUAGAGUUUUCAACAGGGAAGGUGAACUUGACAGUGUCAAUGAAGCCGUUGAUGGGUUGGAACAAAACCUCAGCUGGAAGCCUCAAGGUGCACUUAUUGCAUCCACUCAACGACACAUCGAUGAUGAAGAUGGCGAAGAGGUGUUGGAUUUGGUGUUUUACGAACGUAAUGGUCUUAGGCACGGACAAUUCAAUCUUCGAGUUGACCCUCGUGAAGAAGUUGUGCAAAAUAUCACUUGGAGUUCAGAUAGCGAAAUCCUACUUAUACAAUACAAGGAUAGAGUACAACUUUGGACGACGAAAAAUUACCAUUGGUAUUUAAAACAAGAGAUUUUUGCCAAGGACAUUUUAUUCACCAAAUUUCAUCCCGAAAAACCGGCAAAUUUUAUGAUUGGAACAUUGAGUGGCUUGCAGAUUAUAGAUCUUACUUACAAGAUCGUUAGAGGACCAACGAGAUUUGGCAAUGACAUUGGGAUGACCUUGGUUACAGAUGGCUCUGUUGCUAAAAUAACUCCAAUCUCGGUUGCCAACGUUCCACCGCCAAUCAGUUUCCGUGAGUUGGAUGUUCCAGCAAAUAUCAAUGAUCUUGCAGUUAGCAAGUCAAACGAAAAGUAUGCCACAUUAAGCAGUAAUAAUGACAUCUUCCUUAGUGAAUUGUCCAUUGACGCCAUGAAACAAGGACAGCAUCCUCGCGUUUUGAGCAAAAUAGCGGCAGACGUGUACAUCAACGAAUCGGAUGAGGUGGCAAAACAAAUCGCAUUCAUUAGGGACGACUUUGUGGCUGUUGCUGUUGAUGCGCCAACCUAUUCCCGUGUAGUCUUGAUGGAGGUUGAUGAUAUCAAGAACCCAAAGCUCAACGACUCCGUUGAUGUUACCCCCAAAUUGGUGUUGAUGAAAUCUAGAGCCGACUUCAACACGAUUAUAAUAGAGACCGUGGAUAGUAGGCUUAUCCAAAUUGACUCCACACAAGAUCUCAAAGAGGUGUGCAAGCUUCCACAGUUGUGUCGUGAAUUUGAAGUCAACUACAAGGAAGAAACAGACGAGUUUGAGAGUUUUGGUUUAUCGCGAAAUGGGAAAUUGUUUCGUAACGACACGCCGAUAGUUAAUGGCGUAACUUCGUUAUUGAUAACAGAGUCCCACUUGCUAUUCACAACAGUGCUUUCGAAAUUGUGUUUUGUUCAUUUAAAUUCCGAGCUCGAAAACUACGAAGUGUUUCAGAACUUGUCCAACGAGAAUAUCGUUGAUGAGAGGAUUAGACAAAUUGAGCGAGGAUCCUUUUUGGUUAAUGCAAUGCCAACAAAGUAUUCAGUUGUGUUGGAAGCUCCAAGGGGAAAUCUUGAGACUAUUUGUCCUAGAAUAAUGGUUUUGUCGGCUAUCCGGAAAUUCAUUGCCUCCAAGGAUUUUUACAAUGCAUUCCUUGCAUGUCGUACGCACAGAAUUGACUUGGACAUCUUGCAUGAUUACGAUCCUGCUUUGUUCUUUGAUAAUGUUGAGCUAUUCGUCAAGCAGAUCCAAAAGGUUGAGUAUUUGGAUUUGUUUGUAUCCUGUUUGCACGAGGAGGAUGUGACCAAGACUAAAUACAGGGAGACGUUGAUUGAUGCAGGUGUCAACGAAUUGGAGACAAAGCAGAAUGGGGAAACAUUGCAACCUGCUUUCCGUAAGAAGUUUGCAAACAAAAAGGAAGAAGUUUUUAAAGAAUUCAAAGAUUCCAAAGUCAACAGAAUCUGUGGAGCAGUCUUGACGGUAUUACUCAAGCCGGAAUACUUUGGCAACUAUAUGCAAACUGUUUUGACAGCGUACGCUUGUGAAAAGCCACCUAAUUUAGUUGAAGCUUUGCAUUUGAUUGGGGGAUUGAAGGAGGAACAACAAAAGGAAACUGCAAUUACACACUUGUGCUUCUUACAAGAUGUCAACAAGCUUUAUGACACUUGUUUGGGGUUGUAUGAUGUCAAGUUAACCUUGUUGAUUGCACAACAAUCUCAAACGGAUCCAAAGGAGUAUCUUCCCUUUUUGCAGAAUUUACACGUACAACCGGAAUUGCGUAGAAAAUUCUUGAUUGAUGACCACUUGAAGAAGUACAAUUUGGCGUUAGCUUGGUUACAUGAGAUGGGCACAGAAGCGUAUGUUGAAUUUGAUGAAUAUGUGGUCAAACACGACUUGUUCAAGCUAGGGUUGAAAAUCUAUGAAUAUAAUUCGGAGAGGGGCAAUGACAUAAUGCACUUGUUUGCUGAACACUUGCAUCAUACAACUAACUUCAAUGAGGCUGGGUUGGCGUUUGAAUUUUUGGGCAAAUUGGAUGAGGCUUUGGAAAAUUACAUUUUGGCCAAAAAGUGGAAGUCGGCAUUAUCAAUUACUGCAAUGCCCGAGUAUAAAGGGAAAUUUGAAACAACGGCAAACAAUCUUGUCAACACAUUAACUGCUGACCACAAGUAUAGUGACGCAGCCGAGAUUGAGUACCACUUUUUGGGAAAUGUUCGAGAAGCCAUCAAACUCUACUGCAAACAGUAUUGGUUUGACCAAGCUAUUCUUAUUGCCGAGAAGGAGUCACAGUCCGAAUUAAUCGAAUCGGUCAUCGACGUUCAAAUCAAUGAAGGGUUCGGUACAAUUGCUGAGCUCUUGGCAGAUUGUAAAGGACAAAUGAAUUCCCAAUUGAGACGGUUGAGAGAGUUGCGUGCCAAGAAGGAGGAAGAUCCAUAUUCCUUUUAUGGCACUCCUGAUGAAUUGGAUACGCCAGACAACGUGUCGGUUGCUGCUUCGGAAACGUCCACCGCGCCAUCCUUUUUCACGAGGUAUACUGGUAAAACUGCAGGAACUGCAAAGACUGGGGCUUCUCGUCGUACUUCGAAAAACAAGAAACGUGAGGAGCGUAAAAAGGCCAAAGGUAGAAAGGGCACCAUUUAUGAAGAAGAGUACUUGAUAAGAUCAGUUGGCCGUUUAUUGGAGAGAUUGGACCAGACACAGCCAGAUGCAAUCAGGUUGAUUGAAGGUUUGAUCAGACGUCGAAUGAAGGAAAAGGCGUAUCAGAUUCAAAAGAACUGGUGUGAGUUGAUUGAUUUCAUUCUGGAGAAUAUCGAUGAGAUACACAAUAUGAGCGAGAGGGAUCGUGAGAGAAUUGAUGAUAAUGGGGAGGUAUAUUUGAUGGAAGAGAUUCCUAAACCUACAGUCAACAAAUUUCCAAAGUUUAGCAUAUUGGAUUAUUGA